CUUAGUUCUUUCUAGAUUACGAAACCAGCAAAGGGGAUCGGGUACAGUGUCUGAGAUGCUAUAUUACCUUAGACCAAAAAUUCGAAUUUCAAUAUUAAACUAGUGUUAUCCCUUGUAGACUCUCCAUUGGCAGCGAACAUGUUGGGAUCCUCAAUUAGCCCUCGUGUGAGCUUCAUUUGCCUCGUCAAAUCCCUAAGGCAGCUAAUUUUUUAUUGAGUGAAGGUGAGGGUGUAAUUCCUUUUUUAAUUACUCACUAUAUAUCGUGUGUUAUUAUCAUGAAUUAAAUACUUAUUACUCGAGUGUUGUAUAAACUGGUAGUGGUUUGUUUAUGGAUAUUUGUACUGAUUACUUGGAUGAAUGAAGAGAUGUCGGUUGGUGCUUGUGUAUACCUGUUUAAAUGCAAUGCCUUUUUUGGUUUGUGAUUAUAGUAGUAUCUGAAUUGUGUUUGAUUGGAACUAUUGGUGUGUAUUCCUAUGUUUGUGAUGGAUAAUAUGAACUGGUUUAUGAGGUGGUGAUAGUAUAUUAGUUGAUAUGUACAAAUGAUUUGUUUUUUUAAUUUGGGUCUUGUAUGUGCUUGAUCCAUUUCGAUUGCUGAAUUGCAUAUUAACUUGGUGCCGAUUGUUGUUGGGUUUAUCAAAAAUGAGAAACAGCAGAACUAAUCAUAUGACACAUGUGUCGUGGUUAAUUGAGGACAUAAUGCGUCAAUUUUUAUUUCAACUUGUAGUAAUAAUCGAGGUACUUAUUAAAAAGAAUACACGAAAGCAAAAAUGCAAUGAUUCAAUCGAGCCAUAUGCUAUGUUGUGUAAGAUUCUCGACCAAAUUAAACACCUAAGUAGAAUGACGAGUGUCAGUGAUACAAACAAUAUUGUAAACCUUAAGAUGGAUCGCAACACGUUUGGUCGAUUGUGUAAUUUGUUUAGACAACUAGGUUCAUUGGAAGAUGGGAGAUAUGUUAGUGUGGAGGAGCAAGUGGCGAUGUUUUUAUCUAUCUUGGCUCAUCAUAAGAAAAAUAGGGUUGUUUGGUUCGAUUUUUGGAGAUCGGGGCAGAAGAUAUCUUAUUAUGUCCACACGGUCUCGAAAGCAAUUUUAAAGCUCCAUGUUAUUCUAUUGGUGAAGCCAGAUCCGGUCCCCGAAGAGUGUGAUGAUCCUAGGUGGAAGUGGUUUAAGGGAUGCUUGGGAGCCCUAGAUGGUACGUAUAUUAAUGUUUUGGUUUCAAAUAGCGAUAAGCCACGCUAUAAGACUCGCAAGGGUCAGAUUGCUACUAACACGCUUGGAGUUUAUGACCGGAACAUGAAAUUCGUAUAUGCUUUGCCUGGAUGGGAGGAGUCUGCGGCAAAUUCUCGGAUACUCCGGUAUGCACUGAACAGGCCACAUAGGCUGAGAGUCCCAUGGGAUUAAUGAAAACGUCUGACGACAUGAUGUCUACCCCGCAAUGUCAAUGUGGCAAAGGACGAAUGCUUUUGUUGAGUGGCGGGCUGGCCGCAAAGAACGCGGGCAGGUAUUUUUAUAGGUGUCCGGCGAAUGGCAAGCAUCCAGAGUGUUUUAUGUGGUUUGAUGAAGUACACAGGUAUAUUAAUGUCGCCUCCUCAAUGUCGAGUACAUUAGCCUCUGGUGU